UGAUUAUUGUGAACACAACAUUUCACCUCCCUGGCUCUUUCCUCUUUCCACUGCAUAUCUUUCCUCCAUCGCCAUUGCCAUUGCUCUCUCAACUAGCGUAGCUUCUUUCUUUCUUUCUCCCUAGCUAGAAAUUAUUCUAAACAACAACCAUGAGUUCCAUCGUCCAAACAUUCCAAAGAAGAACCGACGCGCUUCCGGUCUCUCAUCAGCAGCAGCAAGCACAAGAUCAGGAACAGCAAACGCUUCGCAGAAGGCUGUCCUCGUUGUCACUCAAGAUCCAGCCUGGUGCAGAACUGAUCAUGUCGUCCUCGUCUUCAGUGUUGAGUAGAUUUCCUCGGUCCAAGUCGAUGUCGUCGAUAAAGGAAUGGUUUGACUGGGGAUGGACAUGGAUCCUGUCGAGGAAGCCCACCUUCGCGGAAGAUCUGGAGAUGAACGAGGAGGAAACGAGGGCUCUUGGUUUCAACAACAAGGGAAGCUGGAGACACGUUUUCUACAAGUUUAAAUCCGAGAUCCAUCGCCUUGUCGGUUCCGACGAAAACAUUGGAGUCCUUCCUCAAACUUGUAAGUAGACUGUGGAUCGAUCGUGGAAUUGUUGGAAUAAUUAAGCGCACCAGAUGAAGCAUAUGAUAUUCUUAUUCGUGAUUUCCUAUCAAUCAUUUCUUGUAUGGUUUCUUUUCUUCUUUUUUUCCCAUUAAUUUCAUUUGUAUGAUCAAUAUUUAGAUAUAUAUAUAUAGAGAGAGAUUUAAUAUUUGUUUGUAUGAAGGUUAUUAUUAUUUGUUAUGUUUUGUUGGAGAAUCAAUUGUGAGUACUUGUACAAUAUUAUGCUAAGUUGUUCUUUUCUUAAUAGCCA